UCCCAAACAUUAAAAUUAUUCCCUAGUUGGAUAUUACUUUAUCCCAAAAGUUAGUUCCCCACUCCCAAAUCCCAAACAUUAAAAUUAUUCCCUAGUUGGAUAUUACUUUAUCCCAAAAGUUAGUUCCCCACUCCCAAAUCCCAAACAUUAAAAUUAUUCCCUAGUUGGAUAUUACUUUAUCCCAAAAGUUAGUUCCCCACUCCCAAAUCCCAAACAUUAAAAUUAUUCCCUAGUUGGAUAUUACUUUAUCCCAAAAGUCACGUUAAAAAGAAAGAAGCAAAACCUUUGUUCUUGACUUAUUUUCUCUUUCUAAAAGCUCAAUCUAAUCUUGAUUGCUUGAUAUCUUGUCUUCAUUUAUUCUCUGCCUCUGUUGUGCAGUGCUAUUUUCCAAUUCCUCCAAGCCCAUUUCGAUUGUAGUAACCGAAAAUCAGACAGUUUAGCUAUAACCGGAAACCAGCCCAAGUUGGAGAAAAACUGAACAUCAAAAUGGAUAAAUUUGUGAUCAGGUCAAACAUUGGCCAAUCAAGUUCCAAUGGUAAUAGUCGGCCUUCUGUUAGUUCAAAUAUAGCUCCUGAAAUCCAAAGAGAGACAAUCUUAUCCCCUCCUUUAAAUGGUGGUAGUGUUCUUGAGCUAGGAUCUCCCAAUCCUGAUCCCAAAGAAAGAAUACCGAUUCUUCAGUAUGCCCCUAAUAUCCGAGAUGAUGUGAGGAGACAUUAUAUUGAAAAAGGGGCUUGUCAACCGAGUGGCCAUGCUUUCCCUAAAACUAAAUUUGGGAACAAAAUGCGUCAAUUUAAUCCCGAUUGGUUUAAGGGUCCAUAUUCUCAAUGGUUGGAAUAUAGCAUAAAAAGUGACGCUGUAUUCUGUUUGUGUUGUUAUUUAUUUAAGAAUGAACUUGAAAGUCACGGUAAUGCGGGAGAUGCAUUUACAAAAGAUGGGUUUAAGGGUUGGAACAAAGGUACUGAAAGACUUAGAACGCAUGUCGGGGAAGUAAGUAGUAUCCAUCACAAAUGUUUUAAUAGGAUGCAAGAUUUUGUAAAUCAAGAACAAUCGAUUCAAUCUUCUUUUCACAAGCAAAGUGAGAAAGUAAAAAAUGAUCAUCGGAUACGUUUAAAUGCCUCAGUUGAUGUAGUAAGAUUUCUCUUGAGAAAUGGAUUGUCAUUUCGUGGUCAUAAUGAAAGUGAAGAUUCCGAAUACAAAGGUCUUUUUCUUGAACUUUUGAAAUUUUAUGGGGAUAAGAAUUUAGAUGUGGGAGAGGUAAUAUUACAUAAAGCUCCAAAAAAUGAUAUGAUGAUUUGUCCAGCAAUUCAAAAGCAUAUUGUGGAUGCUUGUGCUAAAGAAACAAUUAAAGCUAUUAUCCAAGAUUUGGAUGAUGACUUUUUUGGGAUAUUGGUUGAUGAAUCAAAGGAUAUCUCACAUAAAGAGCAAAUGGCCCUUGUUAUACGAUAUGUUAACAAAAGAGGGGAGGUGAUUGAGCGUUUCUUGGGUAUUGUCCAUGUGAAUGAUACAUCUGCACUAUCAUUACAGAAAAUAAUUUAUGAUUUACUUUUGGAUCACUCGUUAAGCUUUUCCAAGCUACGUGGACAAGGUUACGAUGGAGCUAGUAAUAUGCAAGGAAGAAUAAAUGGCCUAAAUCCUUGAUUUUACAAGAUGUUCCAUCUGCCUAUUGUGUUCAUUGUUUUGCCCAUCAGUUGCAAUUAACACUUGUAGCUCUUUCUAAAAAGCAUCCGGAUGUGAAUAAUUUUUUUGAUGUUGUCACUAACACAUUGAAUACUAUUGGAGCAUCUUUUAAACGCAGGGAAAUACUUCGACAACACCAAGUAGAGAAGUUGGAAGAAUUACUUAAAUCUGGAGAAAUACUUAUCGGGCAGGGAUUGAAUCAAGAACGUGAGCUCCAACGACCGGGUGAUACCCGUUGGGGUUCGCAUUUUAAGACCUUGGAAAAUUUCUUGAUUAUAUUUUCUUCGAUUGUUAACGUGCUUAAAGAUAUGCAACAAAAUAGUCUUCUUUCUCUUGAUAGAUUUGCAGCAAAAAAUCUUUUGGGUAAUAUUCAAGAAUUUGAGUUUGUGUUUUUAUUGCACUUGAUGUUCAAGAUGUUGCUUUUUACAAAUGAAUUGAACAAAGCUUUACAAAAGAAAGAUCAAGACAUAGUCAAUGCUAUGAGGUUGCUUGACCUUGCAAAGAUACGAUUGCAGACAAUGAGGGAAAGUGAAUUUGAGAUCUUGAUGAAUGAAGUUUACUCGUUUUGUGGUAAACAUGAUAUUAUGAUUCCCAAAAUGGAUGAAGAUUAUCCAAGAUCGAAACGAAAGAGGUCGGGAGUUUCAUAUUCACAUCACUUUAGUGUGGAAAUAUUUUAUGCAGCUAUUGAUUUGCAGCUUCAUGAGUUAAAUAGUCGCUUUGAUGUAGUGACUAAUGGCUUACUCCUUGGUAUGGCUUCUUUGAAUCCGGUUGAUUCAUUUGCUAAUUUUGACAAAGACAGAAUAAUGAAGUUGGCCGAGUAUUAUCCAAGUGAGUUUGAUGACAACAAGCUUCGAGAUCUCAGCUUUCAGUUUGAUAGUUUUAUUGUCUAUGCUCGAAUGCCUCGUAGCAAAUUUAUCAACUUGAAGGGAAUGAAGGAUCUUGCUAUAGUGAUGGCAGAGACGAAAUUGGAUCAAACUUGGUGUCAUAUUUAUUUACUUGUGAAGUUGACUUUGAUUCUACCUGUUGCUACUGCAAGCGUGGAAAGGGCAUUCUCCUCAAUGAAGCUCAUAAAAAGUGAUCUACGUAAUAGCAUUAGUGAAGAGUUUUUGAAUGGUUGUUUAGUUUGCAAUAUAGAGCGUAAGGUAUUUGCAACUGUAAGUAAUGAUGCUAUUAUUGAUCGUUUUCAAAGUAUGAAAACUCGUCGCGUACAA